AUGCCUCCCAAUGUACAGACCCGCUCCGGGGCCGAACGAGAGUUACGAGACCGCCAACCCAAGACAUCCUGGCGGGAACGGAUCAAGCCCGACUGGCCGGCUCCCAUAAUACAAAACGUCGUCGCAACCGUCGACUUGGGUUGCCGACUCGACUUGCGGCUCAUUUCCGAACAAGCCCGUAAUGUCGAAUACAACCGAAGGAAAUUCCACGCUCUGAUCAUGCGCAUCCGCGAGCCGCGCACCACCACACUCGUUUUCUCAUCGGGCAAGAUGGUCAUCACGGGGGCCAAGUCGGAGGCGCUAGCCAAAUUGGCUGCCCGCAAACACGCGCGCGCCCUACAAAAGUGCGGCUUCGGGACCGGGUUCAGCGACUUUAAGGUGCAGAACUACGUCGGGUCCGCCACGUGCGACUUCCUCAUCCGCCUCGAACGCAUCGCCCACAUGUACCGCGAGUCGGCCAUGUACGAGCCGGAGCUGUUCCCGGGCCUGGUCUACACCAUGCUGCGGCCCAAGCUUAAGUGCCUCGUCUUCAGCACUGGCAAGAUUGUGCUGACGGGCGCCAAGGCCGUCGAAGACAUCCAAGAGGCCUUCGCAAAUUUGUAUCCGCUGCUGCUGGAGGCCAAGGUCGCGGGAAGUAAGGCACCACCACCGAGAGUCAGAGCCCGCCUUACCCCGGAGGAGAAGGCUGCGAGGAGAGAUUGGAGAAAGCUUCAGCGUCAGGAGCAGUAG